UAGUGCAGAGUUAUCCGGCGGCUCUGCCUUGGGACGGCGAGAUUAGGCUGCAGCCAGACUAUCUGUCCGUCUUUGUCCUCCUGUUUUCAUUAGACACACGAGAGAAACUCAUCAUCUCUAUCGGUCUACACAACCAGUCAAAAUGAACGGUGUAAUGGAUGGGAUCUACGACCACGCUCCUCACGACGGCUCCUUCAUGUUUACCUCGGAGUCUGUGGGAGAGGGACAUCCCGAUAAGAUAUGUGACCAGAUCAGUGAUGCAGUGCUGGAUGCUCACCUGAGGCAGGACCCGGACGCCAAAGUGGCUUGUGAGACGGUGUGUAAGACGGGCAUGGUGCUGCUCUGUGGUGAGAUCACGUCCCGAGCCAACGUGGACUACCAGAAGGUGGUGAGAGAAACCAUCCGAGACAUCGGAUACGACAACUCAGACAAAGGCUUUGAUUAUAAGACCUGUAACGUGCUGGUGGCCCUGGAGCAGCAGUCCCCCGACAUCGCUCAGGGAGUUCACAUUGACCGCCUGGAGGAUGACAUUGGAGCCGGAGACCAGGGUCUGAUGUUUGGAUACGCCACAGAUGAGACGGAGGAGAGCAUGCCCCUCACCGUCGUCCUCGCACACAAACUCAACUCCAAGAUGGCCGAACUGAGACGUAACGGGACCGUCCCCUGGCUCCGCCCCGACUCCAAGACGCAGGUGACGGUUCACUACACCCAAGAGAACGGCGCCGUCAUCCCCAAGAGGGUCCACACCGUGGUGGUCUCGGUGCAGCACGACGACUACGUGAGCCUGGAGGAGCAGAAGAAGGUCCUGAAGGAGAAGGUCAUCAAGGCCGUGGUCCCGGCGAGGUACCUGGACGAGAACACCAUCUACCACCUGCAGCCCAGCGGACGCUUUGUGAUCGGUGGACCACAGGGCGAUGCUGGAGUGACGGGCAGGAAGAUCAUCGUGGACACAUACGGCGGUUGGGGGGCCCACGGCGGCGGGGCGUUCUCUGGGAAGGACUACACCAAGGUGGACCGCUCCGCCGCCUACGCCGCCCGCUGGGUGGCAAAGUCUCUGGUGAAGGCCGAACUGUGCAGGAGGGUGCUGGUGCAGGUGUCGUAUGCGAUCGGCGUCGCCCACCCGAUCUCCAUCUCCCUCUUCACCUACGGCUCCUCUCAGCAGAGCGAGAAGGAGCUGCUGCAGAUCGUCAAUAAAAACUUUGACCUCAGACCCGGCGUCAUCGUCAGAGACCUGGACCUGAAGAGACCGAUCUACCAGAAGACGGCCUGCUACGGACACUUUGGCAGGAAGGAGUUCCCCUGGGAGAUCCCCAAGAACCUCAACUUCUAGAGUAGCUGUGUGUGUGUGUGCGUGUGUGUGUGUGUGAGAGAGAUGUAUAGAUAGCGGUCCACGUGCUCCUGUAACCCAGUAAGAGAGGGGCAGCUGGGAGGGAGGGAUGGGUCAGGGUGGGUUCAGAUGAUCUCUGUUGAUUGGACAAAAGAUAUUUCAUCUCUAAGUUAUGACCUUUCAAUAGUAACCUGAAAUAUGAGCGAUGCUAUCUGGUGUUUCAGUCCCGUAGAUUCAGUGUACAGUCACAUACCUGCAGUUUGUUUCACACUUAGCGACUAUUUUCUGUCCAGAAAUAAGUGAAUGACCAAAUGUGACGGGAGAGCAGCCAUACAUACCCUUAUAAAAAAAAUACGUUUAUUCAAGUGUAAUUCUUUUUAACUUAAAAUAAGAGAGUAUGCUUUCACUUUACUUUGUAUGUACUUAUCAGAGAUAUACUUAACAAAACUAAACUUAAGUUUACUUGGCUAAUACCGACAAGUAUAUUUAAAAGUCCAAGUAUACUUAGCUUAUACUGAAAAGUAUACAGAAAAGUACAUUUGGCUAUAAGUUCACAAGUAUACUUGCAGUAAAAACUAUUAAACUAGUAGUUUACUGAGAGUAUACUUUCAAAUGUACUUUCAAAUUAAAGUGUUCAUAUUAUAGUUGCAGUACAAAAUACAACUUGGAUGUUAGUUGUGUACUCAACGUUUACUACUCUUACAUUUAAAGUUUUAUAAAUUAAAAAGUGGGCCAAUUUAGUCCCAAGAAGUAUU